CCAAUCUCAUCAGCGGGCCAUAUCCCACCCCAACAGUCGUUCUACCGUACAUUUUACAUUUUACCUAUCUUCGACCGUACUGGUCCAACUUCUUUGACAGCGGUCAAUUGCUACCCCCGCGAGAUGUCUCAGCAUCCGAGCCAUGACCCAGCGGGGUCUUCAUCCGGCCAGCAGCAAAGGAACAGAGAUAGAAAGAAAGCACCACCAUUCUUCAGGAACUACAAUCACCAGGAUCCGAACUUCCUGGUUUUUGAAUGGCCCUUUACAACUAGUCAUGAUGAUCCAACCAGUUCGUCGUUUGGCGGAUGGCCGAGGCAAUCAGGAGUCCAAACUCAACCCACAGCCGAUACGUCUUUGACUUUUCCAACCCAGGAUCGCUCCGGUAUGGUAGUCAGUGGCACCGGAAUUGGUAGCCUGAUUGAUGGAACAACUCCUAGCAACAGCAUUUGGCCUACGAGUAGCGUUUCCCAGGCAGCUCACCAUGUGCAGUCACCGGCACAAUCAUAUGUGAAAUUUGGGGACAUCCAUCCGUCAGGUGCUGGAGCAGGAAUGAGGACCGGACAAAUCGCGGGGGAUGGCCAGAACCCACACUUUCAUCAUGAGCAGGUAUCGCCCGAAACAUUCGUUCCUCAGUCACAGUCGCUAGACUCCAGUCCGUUCUUAUUUCCUGCAAUGUCCGAAGCGCAACAGCAACAUGGCGAUAUCGGACAGAAUCCGAGUCUUGGAUACCAGCAGCCUCGGACACCAACUGCCGAGGGGAAGGGCCCAUUUUACAGCAACCAAGAAUACGAUGCCUCUUACGGUAACGAACGUGGCCACGAUCUGGAACCAAAACAUAACAAUUCCCAGGAAAGACACGUGGCAGGAAAUAACGUUAAUGGUCAGGUGCAGAACACUGUGGCCUAG